AUGGCCGACGCGAUGUGCAGUGUUGCAUUGCAGCCGGCUGCCUGCAUUGAAUUGAGCUUAUGGGCCUGGGGAUCUCCAACCUGGCACGGUCCAUGUUACGGCAGGGAAGCUCAGUCCCGCACGAGGAGGCGGCACUCUUGUACACACGGUUUCUCCCUCCCGAGCAAGCAUUCCCGCUCCACCACCGCCGGGCGCCGGCCUCCGCGCGCCGCGUGGCCUCCGACCUCUCCUCAUCGUAUAUUUAUCACCACCGUGCCGAGCAGCCAAGCACGCAAGCGAAACAUCAACACCGGCCCAACGACACACCGACGUCUCCUACCUGGCUUGGCUACCAGUUCGCCCGUCUCCUCACCGGUCCUCGACUCGAUCACCUACAUGGACGCCCCGGACGUGACUCCGGCGUGGUCGCUGGUCCGCGGCUACUUCUCCCCGGCGACGCUCUUCCUCCUGCUCAACGUCGUCAUCGGCACCAUCGCGCUCACCUCCCGCUCCCGCUCCCGCUCCCACCGCCGCCACGACCACCACCACGGCGACGACGACGACCGCCACCACCAGCAGAAGGACCACGGCCACCAGUACGCUCCUCCCCCGCCUCCGGCCCCGCUGGCGCGCACGUCAUCCGUGAUGGAGCGCCUGCGCUCCCUCGGCCUCUACCGCUUCCGCUCCGGCGACUUCCCUCCCGAGUACAACUACAGCCACCCCGCCGCCGGCGACACCGGCGACGACGACGGGAGCAGCACCAAGCAGCAGUACAGCAGGAGCCGGUCCGAGCCGGCCGCGAGGAAGCCGGCGAGCAAGACGGGCAACGAGGCGGAGAAGGCGGCCAGGGCGAAGGUGGCGACCAAGAAGCCGGUCACGGCCGAGGUAAGGAGGCUGGAGCGCGCCCCGGUGCCGGCGCCGGCGCGGCUGGUGCAGCGCGCGCCGAGGGCUCCCGCGGCUCGCGCGGUGCUGACGGAGGCGAGGCGGCCGGACGCGGGGGCGCCGGAGGCCGCGUGCGUGGACGAGAGGGCGGACGACUUCAUCAACAAGUUCCGGCAGCAGCUGCAGCUGCAGAGGCUCAACUCGCUGCUCAACUACAAGGAGAUGCUCAACCGCGGCGCGUAGCAGAUGCAGACCAGCACGGGGUUCAACACUUCGAUUAGCUAGUGUACGAGAUCGGUGCUGUUUUCAUUGGAUUUGGAUUGGUGUGUAGCUGUGCCGCGUAUGAGAUGCUGCAGGUUGAUUUGGAUCCUGCUAACGUUACAGAAGACACUAGCUUCCGUUUCCUCUCUUAGAUCCGUUCCUCCGGUUAAUCAAAACAAUAGUAAUACGCAUACGUGAGGCGUGGGAGAAGAGCAAAGAAUCCAACUGUUCCAGCCUGUUUGUGUGAUUUCCUUCAUACGACCACAAGCUUUCGAUCAACACGCCAGUUCGCAUAUUUCGAAAAGCAAAACGUUAAGAAAUAGGACAUCUUGCAAAAAGGAGCCUCUGGAUGAGGGACCAAAAGAAGCCCGCCUGUAGUAUUUGCCAACUCUUUGUAUAACUAGCCAAGAUUCCAUCAUCCCACUAGUGGGAAAACUACAACAAUUAUUGAGCAGGCUUUUUCUUUUUUGAAAA